CGCUUUUAGUUUUCAUUUUAGUGUCGAUCUGCGAAGAUCGCUUCGAGUCUUACAAGUACAGAAAUAUGAUAUUUAAAAAUAUAUAUUUACCGAUUUUGUUGGUAUUUACGGUGAAUAUCGUACAAUUUGCUAACGGUGAUGGCAUGAUAGAGGUUUUUGGCUGGAAACAAAUGGACUUUUACAAUCGUGGCGACAGAGUUCCGAAUGAGAACGGAAACAGAGGUGAUGGAGGUGGUGCUGUAGGAGAUGGAUAUAAAAAGCGACCGCCAUCCGGUACUAUCGUGUUCCCCGAUCAGCUACAUGGUUUGCUUGAAAGUGAUAAAAGAAGCAAACGCACCGUCGAUAAGCGAAUAACAUCCCGCGAUGACCCAUUGAUCAACAUCGAAAGUCGGUUUCAAAAUGCAGAUACAAACGAUUCUUAUAUUCCAUACAAUAAUGUUCCUAUGGGCGCGACACAUUACAAGGGUCGGCUAUUUGUGACAAUGCCACGACGUCGUAUUGGCAUACCGUCCACCUUGAAUUACAUCGACUUACUGAAGGAUAGCAAACAAUAUAGUCCGAAACUGCAUGCAUACCCCGAUUUCGAAACAAACUAUCUAAAUCCAAAUUUUCCAGCAAAUCCUAAACGCAUUAUUUCGGUUUACCGCACCACUGUGGAUGCCUGCAAACGCCUAUGGUUCAUCGAUACGGGCAUGCUCGAGUAUCCCGACAAUCGCACGCAGGUGCAGCGACCGGCAAUUUGGGUGAUUGAUUUAUCGAACGAUCAGGUAUUGCACCGCUUUGAAAUUCCGGAGAGUAUCGUCGACACAGGUCGAGGACUAGCAAGCAUAGCUGUAGAUGUUUUUGAACGAGCAUGCAACGAAGCUUUCGCCUACAUACCCGAUCUGUUGUACCGACAGUUAUACGUUUUUAGCCUAAAUGAUAACCGCAUGUGGGCCUUCAGCCAUAAUUACUUCAAUUUCGAUCCACUCGGUGGUGAUCUGCAAAUUGGUGGCCAAACCUUCCGUUGGGAUGAUGGUAUCUUCUCGAUUACACUUGGUUCAUAUGCACCGGACGGUUAUCGUACUGUGUACUUCCAUCCGAUGGCUAGCAAUACGGAAUUCGAAGUGGACAGUAGUGUCCUGCAGAAUGAAGCUAAUGCCGCACGUAGCGAUCACGGCAACGAUUUUCGUCCACUGGGUAGUCGUGGAGACAAUCACCAGUCCACUAUGCAUUCUUAUGACCAAAAGAGCGGUAUAAUUUUCUAUGCGGAAAUACAACGUAACGGUAUUGGUUGUUGGAAUACAAACAAACCAUUUUCUGCACAAAAUCAUGGCACCGUAGCACAAGAUGCACAACGUAUGAUAUAUCCCAGUGAUUUGACGAUUGAUGACGAAGACAAUAUCUGGAUGAUGACCAAUUCAAUGCCGAUAUUUAUUUAUUCAACACUUGAUCCGAAUGUGGUGAAUUUCCGCGUGUGGAAGCAGAAUGUCAAUGAAGCUGCAAAGAAUACUGUCUGUGCAGCCUGAUUUAUAAUUUUGUAUAGAAAAUAAUUUACAAGCAUUUUUGUAAUUAAACUCCUUUUUGCCCAAACGCUGGUGAGUUAAUAAAAUUAAUAAUUUUGUAACAAUAA